GUUCCGCCUUCGUCUCGGGGUGGAGCUGGAGCUGGAGCUCGUCCUCGCUGGGCCAGUGGUCCCGUCCGCUCGGCGGCACCGGAAAAAAUGAUUUCCGAAAGCAGUUCUUUUGUGAAAGGCAUGGUGUUAGGAGGACUCUUCUGUGUAUUUGUUACACUCAUAGGACAUAAUAAGAUGGGCCACGGGACUAAAGCACAACACCAUGAGCAUCAUCAUAUUCAAGCACCUAACAAAGAAGAUGUCUCAAAUCUGUCAGAAGGUGAGCGCAUGGAGCUCAGCCAUAGUAUCCGUGUUUAUUGUAUCAUCCUUGUAAAACCUAAAGAUCUUGGCAAUUGGGCUGCUGUGAAAGAAACAUGGAGCAAACACUGUGACAAGGCCGAAUUCUACAGUUCUGAAAGCGUUAAGGUGUUUGAUUCUGUUGUUCUCAACACAAAUGACAUGUGGAUGAUGGUGAGAAACGCUUAUAAAUUAGCAUAUGAACGCUAUAAAGAUGAGUACAACUGGUUCUUUCUAGCACAUCCAACGACAUUUGCUGUUAUAGAAAAUCUCAAAUAUUUCUUGCUGAAAAAAGACGCAUCACAGCCUUUUUAUAUAGGUCAUACUGUAAAAUCAGGAGAGCUUGAGUACGUAGAUGGUGAUGGAGGAAUUGUCUUAAGUAUAGAGUCCCUAAAAAGACUCUCUAAAAUUUUUGAAGACCCUGAUAAGUGUCCAGAACAGGGAGGCUUGAUUUGGAAACUCUCUGAGGAUAAACAACUAGCAGUCUGCCUGAAAUAUACUGGAGUAUUCGCUGAAAAUGCAGAAGAUUCUGAAGGAAAAGAUGUCUUUAACACCAAAUCAGUUGGUUCUCUUAUUAAAGAAGCAAUGGCUAAUCACCCUCAACAAGUAGUAGAGGGAUGCUGUUCUGACAUGGCCAUCACUUUCAAUGGAUUGGCUCCUAACCACAUGCAUGUAAUGAUGUAUGGUGUUUAUAGGCUCAGAGCAUAUGGGCACAAUUUCAAAGAUGCACUGGUUUUCUUACCUCCCGCAGGUUCAGACAAUGACUGAUAUCUGUUCAAAGAAGGCCUAUGUAUUGUGUAGAACAUGGAGUCAGCUGUGAAUGCAUAAUGUGACUUGCAUGUAUACAAGCUGGUGCAAUUUUUGUAUUUGAUGGUAUCUGUGUAUUUUUUGCACAUCAGGGUUUGGUCAUUUUAGUUUUAAAAGGGGGAAUCUUUUUUUCUAAAACUUUUAUACAAAAAUGUUUCUGGCUCUUGACUGUGUUGGAAUGAAAAAUGUUAAUGGUAAUGCUAAAAUCUUUGUGUGAUAAAGGAAAUGAAUUUAUAGGGGAUGUUUGUAUGGCUAAAUAUUUAUAAGUGAAAACAAAUGAAUCUUAAUCUAUUGUAAUUUAAAUAUAUUUUUGCAAGAUUUUUUGAUUUUGAACUCUUCCAUGCACUUCUUGAAAAUCUUUAUAUCUUUCUAAGAUGUACAAAUAAAACUGAAAAUAUAGAUUUUAGUAUUAAAGUACAACUUUAAGCAGU